AUGAAUCAAUGCAAUGAUUCAGAUAAUGUUAAUAAAUUUCAUGCUCCAGACAAUGAAGAAGACUUGAUAGCAAAAAUUGAUCAAGCUCAAGAAAAUAUUGAAGAAAAUAUUACAGAACUUCGAGUCAACGAUAUUGAGUAUGAUAAAGGAUGCUUUUACAAGUCUGGUUUUAUUACAGAUAUAAGCGGUGAUCAUGUAAUGAUAGAUGAAGAUUAUUUUUGUGAGACAAAAGAUAUAGUUCCUACUGAUCUUAAAGUAAGAGAUGAAGUUUACUAUAUGGCUUACAAAAAGAAUAAAGACAGUGACAUAAAGAUUCGUAAAAUUUUAUAUAAAAUUGAAACCACUUGGGAUAUUGAUGAUGAAGAAACACCAAUAAAUUAUUCACUCCCACAAAACUUUAAUGCAAAGCAUGAAGAUACAUCACAACAGAGGUUAGAUUUUAAUCACAAAGUAGUCAUUGUACGUGACAAAAUCAAUUCAGAAAAAACUGUACCUACUGUGCCUCAAAUUAAACAAGUCAUAGAAAAGAAAGACAUCAGUACAAAUAUAGUUAUUGGUAAAAUUAUUGAAAGAAAGGGCAGAGAAAUAUUUAUACAAGAUAGCGCUUGUAAAAUGAUUUGUGUUAAUUUAGAUAAUGUAAAGUCUGAAUUUGUGCCAUUCAUUGGAGAUUGGGUAAAAUUAGAAUGUUUAUGUGAGGUCAAUGAAGACAUCAUCAAUUGGCAGGGUGAAAUACUGGAAGUUGAAGAAAUGAAACCACUAAGAUCACUGCAAAAAAUAGGAAAAGUCACAGAAUAUAAUGAAGAAUCAGAAUCAGGAAUGAUUGAAAAAACUAUAGUUUUUGUGAAGAGUGUUUGUUUACCUGGUUAUGUACCAAGGGCUGGAGAUAAAGUUGUGGUUUACUGCAUUGAAAGUGAUCAAGGGAUUGGCCAACGUUGGAGAGCUGUACAAGUGGUGCCAAUGGAAGAUGUAUCUCAGAGAUAUGAAACUUCAACUGUGAAGUUUAAGCCUCAGAUGUCAGUGGAGGAACUUGAAGAGAUGGUCAGAGAUAAGGAAAAUAUGGAAAUAACUAAUAAUAUUAAAGUAAAUUUAGAUGUGAAAUCAGUCAAAAUAAUUGAAGUUACAGUAAAAAACAAUGGAAAUUUUAAACAAACUUUAUACAAAUGUGCUUUCUUGUCUAAGAAAUCUGAUUCUCAGUUAACUUUAUUAAAUCCAGUUGACAAUGCACCAUUAGAAAUACAAGAACCUCAAGACUUGAAGCCUUCAAAUUCAGUGACUUUCAGAUUCAAAUGCAAAGCACGUUUUGUUGGAGUUUCAGAGGAGUUAAUUAUUUUUAAGUUCAAAAAAUUUAAAAUUGGUCGCAUUGUUGUAAUAACUGUGGAUAGCAUACAAUCAAAAACACCAAUGUUACAAGAAUUGAGUAAUACAUAUACUAACAAUUAUAAGCAUAAAUAUGAAUUGCCACAUGUAUAUGAAGAUGGAAUGUAUGUCAAAGGUGUUAAGCCAUUCACAACAGCUAGAUUUAUACAAGAACGCCCAAUGACUUGGAAAAUUCCAGAUAUUCUUUGGAUAAUUAUGAAUGAAAUACAUGAAGAGAGAAUGAAUCAAUCUGAAGCUGAAUUUAUUUUAGCAGAUAGAAUACCUUGUCUCCAGCAACACUUGACUGCAGAGAAUUACAAGCAGCGAUUUAAUUAUUUACUGUAUCUAGAAGAAAUAGCCCAAAUCUUCAACAUAAGGCGAUUUAAUAUGCCCAGUGCUAUAAUGCAUCGAAGUGGAGAAUUUCUCACUUUGAAUGUACCUGGUCUUGCAGAAAAAAGACCUUCAUUAAUCAUUGGAGAUAGAAUUCUUGUAUCUUUCAAAUGGGAUGAAACUAACGGGCAAAAAUGUUAUGAAGGCUACAUCCAUAAAGUUAAAAGCUCAGAUGUGUUUUUAAAAUUUAAUCUGUCUUUCCAUGAUAAUUAUCAUGGAGAAGAUUGUCAAAUCAGCUUCAAGGCCUCAACUACAGUACUUCAAAGAUGUCACACUGCCAUAAAUUUGGCAAUUAAUAGAUUAGGUCCAGGUUUUCUAUUUCCCAAAAGAGUUAUUCAACAAGAACCACAGUUUAAUUUUAUAGACUUAGAAGAGGAUAAUGCAAAUUUAUUGAGUAACAAAAGAAUAAAUUGGUUUAAUAAGAGACUGAAUGUUUACCAAAAAGAGGCUGUGAAGAAUAUUUUAAAAGGCGUUGGUCGUCCACUACCUUAUGUAAUAUUUGGACCUCCAGGAACUGGAAAAACCAUUACAGUCUGUGAAUCGAUUUUACAAAUCGUAUUCACUAUGAGUGACAGUCGAAUAUUAGUGUGUACCCCUUCAAACAGUUCAGCGAAUCUCAUUGCUGAACGGUUACUGAAGAGUAAAAGACUUCAGUCCGGUGAUUUGGUUCGUUUGGUUGCUUAUCACUAUCUGGAAAGCGAAUUAAUACCUGAAAUAUUAAUACCAUACUGUGCGACCGCCGACAUUGCAGCAGAAGGCACUCGACCUGACGUAAAUAUUCGAGAUGCUCGUGGCUACCAAAAAAACGUAACUUUAAGCGUUCUCUGCCGAUCUCGUAUCAUAGUGGGUACAUGUUCAGCCGUAGGUAUUUUGCACAACAUGGGUUGCAAACCAGGACACUUCACUCAUGUAGUCAUUGACGAAGCUGGUCAAGCUACUGAACCGGAGCUAAUGAUCCCUUUGGUUCUGAUACAUACAAGUUCGACGCAGGUCAUACUAGCUGGUGAUCCAAAACAAUUAGGUCCCGUCAAUCAAAGUAAAUACGCUGGUUAUUUUGGCUUGAACGACAGUUUUCUUGUUAGAUUACUACAACAGUUUCCAUAUCAAAGAGAUCCUGUAGGUUUUGAAACUGGAUAUGAUCCUCGUCUAGUCACUAAAUUGCUCAUGAACUACAGGAGCUUACCCGACUUGUUAGAAUUACCCAAUAAACUCUUUUACGAGAAUGAAUUAAUACCUCAGAUUCAUGAAAGUGAUAGCGAAGAAGCUGAGCUGCUGAAAAGUUUAGAAGAUAUGCUUCCCAAAAGAUUAGGAGAUCCAUUGCCAAUAGUAUUUCGUGCAGUCGACGGGAAAAAUAUGCAAGAUCCUGAUAGUCCUAGUUGGUACAACAAUGCAGAAGCCACUCAAGUUUGCCUUUAUUUAAUGGAAUUUUAUAAUUGCGGUCUUUCGUGCAGUGACGUUGGAAUUAUUACACCUUACUCUAAACAGGUCUACAUAAUAAAGAAUAUGCUCGCAGACUUCGAUCUUGAGAUUCCAAAAGUCGGCAGCGUUGAAGAAUUCCAAGGUCAAGAAAGAAAAGUGAUAAUCUUAUCAACAGUCAGAACUGCAGAAAAUAAAGUCAAAGAGGACAUCCGUCAUGCUCUUGGAUUCGUCUCUGCUCGAGAACGGUUGAACGUGGCCAUCACACGUGCACGAGCUUUACUCGUCAUUAUUGGUAAUCCCAAGCUGUUAGAACAAGAUGUCUAUUGGCGAAGUGUUCUUCAGCAUUGCAAAACGCGAAAUGCUUACGUUGCUAAUAAGCUUGCUUAAUAAUUUUUAACAAUUUGUAAUUUUUAAUCUACAUUACAUCUACCACGAAUUUAAUUGUA